GCCUCCGAAAUAAGGGAACGCUCAAUUUUUAAUUUGCCGAAAAUUCGAACGGGCCCUCCGAAGCGAUGUUACGAAAAGUUCUGCUCCUCUCCCUCGCUUGCGUCGGGACGGUGCUAAGCACGACGGAAUCCCAGCAAAUCAAAUGGCCGGGGACGAGGAGGGUCGAGGAGCCCUGCGCGAGAGACCGCGAGUGCGUCGGACACGCGUUUUGCAAGAAUCAGAAGUUCUGUCUGUGCGAAACUUACUACGCGCCGAGCCUCGAUAAGUCGACGUGCCACGUGACCCUGGGCGCCCCUUGCAACACGGACUGGAAUCAAGCUUGUGAGACAAUGACGAAUGCCGAAUGUCGCCAGAACGUUUGCGCGUGCAAGGACAACUUCAUGAUCGACAUACACAACUCCUCCAACUGCAUUAUCAGACCAAGAGCACCUGGGGAUACCUGUCAUCGUACCGACGACUGCAAAGAGACCAUGCAAAUGGCUUACUGUAUCGAUAAUGUUUGUAGAUGUUACACGGAUCAUCAUUUCGUCAACGAAACUGGCACGUGCUUGAAAAGACGAGGAAUUUAUGAACCGUGCAAAAGCGAUUACGAGUGUUACGAAAGUGACAAACGUCCGAACCAAUUGGAAUGCAGAAACGGAGAAUGCGCCUGCCGAAUAGGCGAACCCGACUGCAACAAAGGUUCCGCAUUACAUCAGCCGAUUUUUUUGGUUAUUGCAACAAUUACUGUGCGAUCGAUCCACCGAAACUUACUUUGAUCAAUGUUGUAGCAUAGUACAUUUUAUAUAAGACUUAUACUACUAUUUUAUAAAUUGGUGAGAAAAGGAAAUGUGAAA